AUGUCAGCUGUAAUAAAAUUCAGUAGAGGGGGUAAACUGCUCCUGUUGACAAUUGAUGGAAGUUGCUCCCUUCGAUUUUCCCGACUGUCCAAAAAUCUAUUUCUCCAUCUGUAAUUACUCCAAAUACAGAAGUUUCUGAAAAUCAUUUUGAAAGGAUCUCGAACGACAUGUUCAAGAGAUUUCAGUAUGCUUUGUUAGAUUUUCUACGGCUAUGCUGUUCGUUUCAAUAUGGCGAUGGUUAGUUGCUUAGUGCUACAAAGGUCUCAUUGCUUAUCAUGAAUUUCAUGGAUUUUCAUUCUCUUUCCUUGUAUCAUUUAAAUACGAAGCCUUGAUGUUCAUAUUAUCAUACGUGAGUGCACGCAAUUUAUAUAAUUAUGAAGCCGUGCAUCUGAUAAGAGGAUAUUAUCCGAAAAGUGUUGCUCAGACAGCACGAUAGAUUCGGCAAUUUGCCGUCCUGGUAAGGUUUAUUACAUUUCAUGAAUAAUCACAAAAAUGUAAAUAUUUAUAAAUGUAACCGAAAAUCUUCGGGAACAAGAUACUUUCAUUGCCGCACGGAAGCAAGGGAAAAAAAUUUGGAACCUGAUUUUGUUUCAGUCAGAGAAGAAUUGCUGCCAAGAUAUAUAAUUUCUUACUGUUUCACUGCACACCAGCCACGUAAAUAUAUUUCAUAUGCAAGAGCAUUUAAGUAUCCUAAUAUAUAAUUAAUUAGUAAAUUAUAAAAUUCAGACACAAUGGCUGAAACGCAGCGAAUGACUGUUUAUGGUAGACAUCCUCCAUGUGCUAGUGGAAAUCGUUUGGAAGAACGUCGUGCUCGAAGGUAAAUCAUAAGAAAUGUUGAUGUAGGAAAUUGAUUGAAAAAUUUGUAUUUUAAUUUAUAUCGUAAAUUAUUAUUUAUAUAUAAUUUUAUUCAAUUUAGAUUAGCCUUAAGGCUGGAAAGAAACCGAAAAUCAGACAAGCCAGAUGAUUUUAUAUGUUACGAGUCAAGUGAUGAUGAAGCAGAAACUGUAAGUGAAGGGAAACAGUUUCUAAGAACUUCUUUCAAUUUCGUGGACUAUGUACGUGCAAGAGAAACAAAUACAAGAGAAGUGAGGAAAAUUAAUCAAGAAUAUGGAUUUAGACACAUAUUGACUCAUGAUUUAUUUAAAGAAUAUUCAGUUAGCUUAAAUAAUAUGAAUAAAGUCUUUUGUUCUCAAUGGUUAAGUGAUAGGCAAGUAGUGUUUGGUACAAAAUGCAACAAAUUGAUGGUUUAUGAUGUAGCAACUCAGAAAUUAGACCAAAUACCAUCUCUACAUGGAAGGCAAAUUAAUUCAGGAGGUAAUGCUGUUCCUGAACAGCAAUGUGGUAUACAUUCUGUUCAAAUCAAUCCUUCCAGGACUCUCCUAUCGACUGGGGCAAGAAAUAGUAAUGAAAUAGCAAUAUAUAGGCUACCAACAUUAGAUCCAGUUUGUGUAGGAGAAGGUGGUCAUAGAGAUUGGAUUUUUGAUAUGUGUUGGUUAGAUGACGAAUUUUUAGUUUCUGGUUCUAGAGAUACCAAAAUGGCUUUAUGGCGUAUAGAUAAUGAUCUUGCUGAAGCUCCUGACAAAGCGGAUGUGCCAACACACAGGUUGAUUCAACCUGUAUGUGUCAAAGAAUGUAGAUCUGCGCAAAAAGUACGAGCUCUUGUCUUCAAUAGAACAUAUAAAGAAAUUGCUGCUAUCACUUUGAAUAAUUUUAUACACAUCUGGUCUGCUGAGACUUUUAGACAAAAAAUAUCUAGAAAACUACCAGUUUGUCAGGAAAAUGUUUGCCUUGCUGUGCAAGAUGAUGGUGUCUAUGCCGUAGGAUGUCGUUCUUAUACUUUACUUUUAGAUGCAAGGACUGUACAACCUAUAAAAAGAAUACCUUCGCGAUAUAGCGGUUGUGGAAUUCGAUCAGUUAGUUUUCAAGGUUCCGUUUUAACAAUUGGUACGGGCUUAGGAAUGAUGUUCUUUUAUGAUGUGAGGGCUCAAAAAUAUCUGGAGUCAUCAAUUAAUUCUAACAGAAUUGUUGUACUAAAGGCAUCAAAAGGAUACGUGUUCCCUGACGAAGAGUAUAUAGAUGGAUUUCAAAAUGUGAAGUAUACACCUGCUAUAUAUACCCAUUGCUAUGAUGGAUCAGGAACUCGAUUAUUCACCGCUGGUGGUCCUCUUCCCGUAAAUCUAUAUGGUAACUAUGCAGGAUUAUGGCAAUAAAAUUAAUUUUAAUUAAUUAAACUACCGUAUCGAUUUUACGUAAGUAAUUAUAAGUUGUACAUUUAACUAAACAUCAUUGAAAUUUUAUCUCAGGAGGUAUAUACACCUAUUUUAGAAUUAAGGAACAUUAUCUGAUCAUUAUCAUCUUAUAUUUUCACUUCUUUCCGAUUUUAUUAUAUAAGAAACUAAGUAAAAAAUUAUAUUCGGAUAUUAAAAUUUUAGGAUAUAUACUUAUCAAAGAUUUUUAUACUUCAUGAAUAAAUAAGAAAGUAGCAAAUAUUGACAAAACAUCUUACAAUUAGAGGUGUAUAUAUCUCAACUGCCUGAAGAAAUAAGUGAUAAAAAUAAAAAUAUUCGAUUUUAUCAUUUCAGUCAUAUAUUUAACUCUGAAAGUGAUUUUCAUUAAACUAUUUUAUAUUACUAAUCAAGUAUAUCAGCAUGUUUGUAUGCAGUGUGGGAAAGCUAAAUUUAAUGUAUUAAAAACCAUUGUUGCAUUCAAAACCAAAAUAUGGUAAAUACUAAUUUUACAAUCAAUGUGACCUAUUUUAUGAAUUCACUAUCAGCUUGUUAAAUUAAUUUUAUUCAUCUUUUAAUAUGAAAUUUUGCUCUUGUAUUAUUUAUUGUAUAUGAAAUUUAAUAAAUUAUUAUAUGAAAAUCUUACAAAGAAAAAUGUACCAAUGAAUAUUGAAGAAAAACACUUUAAAAGUUUUAAAUCUUUAUAUCAUCUGCAUACAGUAUGAGUUUUAAAACCAUUUUAAUCUGUGUUGUACAUUUCUACAUCAGUACAAUAGAAAUGAAAAUUUAAAAAGUAAUCAACGAAUGACACUGCAAUGAACAUUAAGUUUCUCAGAUGCAAUCUAUAAAGUUGAAAUUUUACUACUGGCCUUAGUAGAACAAUAUAUAAUGAAUAUUUGUUACAAAAAACUUAUUUUAGAAGAAUAAUAUCUAUUAAAGCCUUUAUAAUGUAUUUCUGUAUCACAUACUAGAACGUCAAACAUAUAUAAUUUUGACCAAUGCAACUUAACUUUUAAAACAGUAUCUUUUAAGUGUGCAUGGCAAUUAUUAUCGUUUUGUUAAAUGGAAAAUUUAAAAAUAUAUUCAGUUUAUUAACUUAUAAAUAUUAAGUCUUUUAGUUAUGUUUUUUGUUAAUAUUGUUAUAAGUAAUGUUAAAUUUAUUAAUUGUAACAAUUUGUAUUUGAAGCGGGCAAAGAUACAGUAAAAAUAUUUUGAAUUGUAAUUGCUCAAAUUUGAUCAAAUUGAUUAUUCAUAUAUUACACAACUUUAUGAUAUGAAGGUAUUCAAGAAUAUCAGCUGUGCACAUUUGCAAUUACAAAUAAUGGUACACAAUCUGUAAUUAAUGUGUUUCUUAUGUACAAUUCGAAAAAUUUUUCAUCAAAGUACAGUCUGUCCCAUAAAAAUAUGUCGGGAAUAUCUCAUCAAAGUGCUUGAGAUUAAGUUAUAUAUUUAACAAGUGUAAAAACAUGUAAUAUUGUUAAAAGUAAGUAACACGCAUUUACGUAAUUUCUAAUUUUAUUCGCUGACAUUGUCUCAAUGUAUGAGAAAGGAUUGAAUUUUUAGAAAAAACCUGAUGAAUCACUUUUGUUUCCCCUAUCUUUAAAAGGUUGUAUCCAUUUCUUAACCAAUUGUGAAGUAUAUAAAUAUUUAUUCUUUUGAGAGUGUAAACACAAGAUGACAAAUCUGAAAGACGUUAGCCAAUGUAUAUUACAGAAAAGAACAUGUUUAGAUUAUUAUAACACAUUCUUCAUCAAGUUUUAACUUUUGCAAACAUCGUCUAUAUGGUCUUGAGACAGAUUGUAUCUUUGGUGAACAAACGGUAUGUUAUUAUAAUGAUGUUAAUUGUGCAUAACUAUUUUAUACGUUUGAUUGUAAACAGACUUAUAUUUAAUUUUUAGAAUGAAUCAUUUUUGAAUUGUGGUGUACUUAAGUGAUCAAGUUCACUAUUAUGUUUGUCACUGUCUUACAUAUUAAAUUUGUUGAUACAGUAAAAUGAUGCAAGUGCAUUUCCAAUACUUAAGAUAGAACAUUUCAAUGAAUCAAGAAAUUGUUGACAUGUAAACAAUAAGUAAUUGAAUUAUUAGUAUAUUGCAAUUAAUAUAUGAUAACAAACUAUACUCUGUGUACUUUUACAUUAACAGAUUAUAAAUUGUUAACAUAUAUUCAUAAAGUCAUUGCAUUAUAUGAUAAAUAAAAAUGUGUGUUGUAUUUAUAAAUUCAUGAUUAGAUUGUACGAAUGUAUAUGAUCAUGCAUAAUGAACGAAUACAUUGAAUAUCAUACACGAUUAUCACAUGUACUUUUACUACAAAUACUACAAACAAAAUAUUAUAAAACAAUGCUACAAACUAUCCACUAAUUUUGUUCUUCACUUAUUUCGUGCAUUUCGGGUUAUACAUUUUAACAAUGAUUAUAAUUAUUACACGUAAUUCACGAAGUUUCUUGUUUUUCAUAUAAAAUUUUUAAGUAAUAGUGAGCAGCUAUUGUCCAUGUUAAAACGUCCUAAUUUUCAUACUAAUGUCACUUAAAUGAAACAAAUCUAAGUAUCGUGUAUUUUAACUCAAAUAAUGCAAUAGGAACAAUAAAUAAAUAAUUUUUAUACUUAAACUAUAUGUAUAAGUUAUAAAAGAGUUUUGUACAGGUACAAUCACUAUUAUUGUGUCAGAAAAUAUUUUUUCGUAUAUUAUGCUUAUCAAAUGAAUAUUAUGAAAAGAUUUUGUGAAAAAAUUAUAAUAUAUUAGAGCGACUUUAUCAAUUGUCCUUGUAUCUCUUAACAA